AAAUGCUGUCAAUUUAUUCAGGCCACCAACAAGUUUAUUGCUUAAUCUGUAUCAUACUUGAAAGAUAUUGUUCAGUCAACAGCAUCACCCAAAAGUCAACAAAUUGUUAUAUCAUCUAUUUUUUAUUUUGGUCUUCGUCUUCUUCAUUUUCAUUUCUUUCUCACCAGCCCAAUUUCCAAAACACAAAACACAACAUAUUACCAAAAAGAAAAAGAAAAAAAGAAAAAAAAAAAAAAACACAAAACACAAAACACAAAACACAAAAACAAAACCUUCUCUUCCAAAAUCCCAUCACCACAGCAUCCAGAAAACAAGAUGAACCCACCGCCCCAAUUCCCACACGGCUUCCAGCAGCCGCCGCCGCCAUCGCCGCCGAAACGAGAGAGUCAACUCGUCGGUCCGAGACCUUCGCCGCUCAAAGUCAGCAAAGACUCUCACAAGAUCAGGAAGCAGCCAGGCCACCCGCCUCUCCCGCCGGCCGUCCAUGGUCGCCGAGAAGAACAAUUCCGGCAGCAGCGCAACGAGCCGGUCAUCAUCUAUGCUGUCUCUCCCAAGGUCAUCCACGCCACAGUCGCCGAUUUCAUGUCCAUCGUUCAGCGCCUCACCGGCCCUUCAACGUCUUCAUCCUCACCCACCGGCGCCGAUUUGCUCUCCCCGGCGGCGAGACUGGCUUCCAUCGAGAAGACGAGUCCUUCGGAGAGAGAGAAGCCCAGCAGCGGAGAUGAUUUCAUGGAUGUUGUUGAAGGGGUUGAAAUGGGUCAAUUCCCGAGCAUAUUGUCGCCGGCUCCCGCCACUUUACCGCCGAUCUCGGCUGAGUUUUUCUCGCCGCUGUCUGAUCCGCAGACUCUUUCGAUGUUACAUGAUUUGAGUCCGUUUUGGCAAGGGAAUAGCUUCACUGCAAGCCCUUCAGCUUUGCUUUCAGCUCCGUUGGUUUCUCCGAGUCCAUCUUCUUUGGACAUCUUCAACAAUUUCGUUGACUUUUAGGCAGAGGCUGCAAUUGGGUGGAUAAGAAAGAUUUUUGUAAUUUACUGACCUUUUUGUGUUAUUUUUUUUUUUAAUAUAGUGCGUAGUUCAUUAGUUUAGUGGGGGGGUAAAAAAAUUGACAGCCAAAGGGCAUUGGGAAAUUUCGAUAUAAAUAGUGGUUUUUGUUAUUAUAUACGAAUAGGAUGCCAGGAAUGUAAUUCUCCAUUUUUUUUUUUUUUUUUUUUGUGGAAAGGUAAUUCUCCAUUUUAUACUUAGGGAGUUCUCUUUUGAGUUAUCUCACUCAUUCUUUUUUAUAUAUAAUUUUGCUGUAUUUUUAUUAAUUUCUUUAUUGCCAAACGUUUAUCAUUUAUGGGUUGUUGAGGAGUUUUGAAUUGCCUUAAUCAUAUUUCCUAUUUCUUU